AGUAGCUGGAACUACAGUGAUGCAAUUGCUGAGAUUAGAGCCAUUUGUAUUGAAGAGAUUGGAGUAUGGAUGAAAAUGUAUAGUGAUGCCUUCCUAAAUGACAGUUAUCUAAAAUAUGUUGGCUGGACUCUUCAUGACAGACAAGGGGAAGUCAGGCUGAAGUGUUUGAAAGCUCUACAGAGCCUAUAUACCAAUAGAGAAUUAUUUCCCAAGUUGGAGCUAUUUACUAAUCGAUUCAAGGAUCGUAUUGUGUCAAUGACGCUUGAUAAAGAAUAUGAUGUUGCUGUGGAAGCUAUUCGAUUGGUUACACUGAUACUUCAUGGAAGCGAAGAAGCCCUUUCCAAUGAAGACUGUGAGAAUGUUUACCAUCUGGUGUAUUCAGCACAUCGCCCUGUUGCUGUGGCAGCUGGAGAGUUCCUUCACAAAAAGCUAUUUAGCAGACAUGACCCACAAGCAGAGGAAGCCUUAGCAAAGAGGAGAGGAAGGAACAGUCCAAAUGGGAACCUCAUUAGGAUGCUUGUUCUCUUUUUUCUUGAAAGUGAGUUACACGAAAUGCAGCCUACUUGGUGGACAGUUUGUGGGAGAGCUCUCAAGAAUUGUUGAAAGGACUGGGAAUGUAUGACAGAGUUGCUGUUAGAAGAACCUGUUCAAGGA